AUGCGAUCACAAAUCCUCAAUGCAGAAUGCACUCCUUCAUACAUGCUCAGCAUUCUAUGUUUGAAGAUUUAUUCCCCCCUUGUUUUUGUUGUUGUCUUGCAUCAUGGCGCGUGCAAGCUCGUCAGUUCAUGGCGGUUCGGGCUUGUUCGUCAGAGCAAUGUGGUUGGUCAGAGCAACGUGAAUGCUCAGAGGAUUGUAUUUGGUCAGGACAUGGAACGUGUUCGUAAUGUGACUGGUCAGAGCAAUGCGACUAGUCAGAGCACUGUGACUGCUCAGAAGAUUGUAACUGGUCAGGGCAUGGAACGUGUUCGUAAUGUGACUGGUCAGGGCAUUCGGGCAUGGCCACGACCGCUCACAGUGUUCUACCAUGUGUUUGAAAACAGCAUCAAAAAAGGAGCCGAAGCUUUGACAACUUCAAUUGUCAACGAGCAGUUGUCCAAGAUGCGGGCCUCUGGCGCUUUCGACCAAAGCGUGAAAUUGAAGUGGACGUUCAUAGGCCCGAGGGACAGCGGCGUGCCAGCACUGCUCCAAUGCCCCACGUGCCAGUUGGUCGAGUCGUCUGAGACUGGGAACGAGAUUGUUACAUUGCAGCACCUCUACGAUUAUUGUUCAAAACACCAUUCCGAUCUUGUGGUGUACAUGCAUACCAAAGGGGCUUACCAUGCAGGUAUGUUUAACGACAAUUUAAGGCGAGUCCUCAUGAAGGGAAUAUGGUCCGAUGCGUGCCAUUCUCAGGACAUGUUCCAAAUUUGCACCGCGUGUGGCAGCCGCUUCAGCCCUAUGCCGCACCAGCACUAUCCAGUGAAUAUGUGGUUGGCCAGAUGCGAUUGCAUCUCCCGCCUGACUCCGCCCUUGAAACUUGAGUCGACCAUGUUGUCGGCGGUACGGGCGGCCAUGGACAAAGGCGUGCUGCCUAAAGGAACGGACCAUGGAGAUCCAGCACUUUUUGGGUUGGGUCGGUUCUCUGCGGAGCAUUGGUUGGGCUCGCAUCCGAGCCACGCUCCUUGCGACGUGUGCGACAAUCCCAGGUUCACUUGGAAUCUCAGGUCUCUUCCUGCAUUUUCACGUGGACGCUCUUCAGUGGACUGGGCCCCCAAGCUGCGCCCCCAUCCGAGGCCAGACAUGCCGCUCGCCGCCUUUUGUAAAUCUUGCAGAAACGGCGCCAUCUGCAACUUGUCGAACUUGAGGUCGUGGCGCCCUUUCGAGUGGAAGUUUUUGCAUCCCGAGUCUGAGCCACAGAAGGGUGCCUUGUGGGAGUACUACAGCGCAGGUGAGGGUAGCUGCAUGAACGCUGGGUAG